GCCGUCCACCUCGCCGCCAUUUUGCGCAGCGGGCGCUGAGGAGCAGCAGCCGCCGCGGCUGGAGCUGUUUUUUCGUCUCCGUCUCCUCCCUCCGGUACACCAUGUCGCGAGAUCGCUUCCGUAGCCGUGGCGGCGGUGGCGGUGGCUUUCAUCGGCGCGGCGGUGGUGGCGGCCGCGGCGGCCCCAACCACGAUUUUCGCUCUCCGCCGCCCGGCAUGGGCAUGGGACAGAACCGCGGCCCGAUGGCGGGCGGCCCGCAAGGCCCGGGCGGUCCGCCGGGAGGAGGGCCGAAGCCCGAACCACCGAAGCCGCCCACGUCCACCUCUGCUCCGCCAUCUUCAUCCUCUUCAGCCUCCGCCACCACGGCGGGACCCACCGGCAGCCAGGCGGGAGCGCCUCCAUCCUCUGCGCUUCCCGCGGGGCAGCAGCCACCGCAGCAGCCGCCGGUUUCGGCUCCCUCCUCGUCUCCCUCUGGUCCACAGCCGCAAUCAAAGCCUAGCCCUAGCCCCACGCCGGCCGGCGGCCUUAAGAAAGGACAAGGACAGUCUUCCGGCGGCGGCCCCAAGGGACCGGGCGGCCCGCAGCAGGGGCCGCAUAAGGGCGGCCCAGGGCAUCGCGGCGGACCGGGCGGAGAGCCGCGGGGCCGCGGGCAGCAGCACCAGGGCCAGCAGAGCCUAGGGACACAGCAAGGUUCGGGAGAAAGAAGCGAGAAGCUGUCGGACGAGGGGUUUAAAGCGAACCUUUCUCUGCUGAGACGGCCCGGGGAGAAGACGUACACACAGCGCUGCCGGUUGUUUGUUGGGAAUUUGCCUGCGGAUAUCACAGAUGAAGACUUUAAAAGGCUGUUUGCCAAAUACGGGGAGCCGGGAGAGGUUUUUAUCAACAAGGGAAAAGGCUUUGGAUUCAUUAAAUUGGAAUCUAGAGCUCUUGCAGAAAUCGCAAAGGCAGAGUUGGACGAUACCCCCAUGAGGGGCCGGCAGCUCCGUGUUCGCUUUGCCACUCACGCCGCUGCCCUGUCGGUGCGGAACCUCUCACCCUACGUGUCCAACGAGUUGCUCGAGGAAGCUUUUUCCCAGUUCGGUCCGGUGGAAAGAGCUGUUGUGAUUGUAGAUGAUCGAGGUAGAUCAACAGGAAAAGGCAUUGUUGAGUUUGCAUCAAAGCCAGCCGCAAGGAAAGCAUUUGAACGGUGUACUGAGGGGGUAUUUUUGCUGACAACUACUCCCAGGCCAGUUAUUGUGGAACCAUUGGAACAACUGGAUGAUGAAGAUGGUCUUCCAGAAAAGCUUGCUCAGAAGAAUCCAAUGUAUCAAAAGGAGAGAGAGACUCCUCCCCGUUUUGCUCAGCCUGGCAGUUUUGAAUUUGAAUAUUCGCAGAGAUGGAAAUCUUUAGAUGAAAUGGAAAAGCAGCAGAGAGAGCAAGUGGCAAAAAACAUGAAAGAUGCCAAGGACAAACUUGAAAGUGAGAUGGAAGAUGCUUAUCAUGAGCAUCAGGCAAACCUCUUGCGUCAAGACCUCAUGAGGCGUCAGGAGGAGCUGAGGCGUAUGGAAGAACUUCAUAAUCAGGAAAUGCAGAAACGCAAGGAAAUUCAGCUGAGGCAGGAAGAGGAGCGUCGCCGGCGGGAGGAGGAGAUGAUGAUCCGUCAGCGGGAAAUGGAAGAGCAGAUGAGAAGACAGAGGGAAGAGAAUUAUAGUAGAAUGGGUUACAUGGAUCCAAGGGAACGAGACAUGAGAAUGGGUGGUGCUGCCACAAUGAACAUGGGAGAUCCUUAUGCUUCAGCAGCCCAGAAAUUCCCACCUCUGGGAGGUGGUGGCGGCAUAGGUUAUGAAGCUAAUCCGGGAGUUGGCCAAGCAGCCAUGAGUGGUUCUAUGAUGGGAAGUGACAUGCGUCCUGAACGCUUUGGGCAGGGAGGUGCGGGGCCCGUGGGUGGCCAGGGUCCUAGAGGAAUGGGGCCUGGAGCACCAGCAGGAUAUGGUAGAGGGAGAGAAGAAUAUGAAGCCCCAAACAAAAAGCCCCGAUUUUAGAUGUGACCUGUAGUUUCAUUCCAGUUUGUUUUUGUCUGUCUUGUUUAGACACCGACUUCUUAAUUCUUGCAUUUUAGUAAGAAAGCUACGUUUUUAUGGAUGUUAGAAACUUACUGACCUAAUAUUUGUAAGUGGUCUGUUUGGGCAAGUACAAUUUAAUUAUGUAAUGCAGUGUUUCAAAAUCAAAUUUAGCUGUUUUUUUGAUGUAUAACGUCCCUAACUUGAUGGCAGUGUACCUUGUGCCACUGAAUUCCCAAAGUGUACCAACCUUUUUUUUACUGUGCUUCAAAUAAAUAGAAAACUAAAUGUAGUAACUCUUCUUGCCAGUCAUGGUUAACGUGGGAAACAAGGCUGAAUACCACACCUGCCACAGUAACCUGAGAGCCUCGAGCUGAGGUCGGACCUAGACCAGGGUGUGGAACUGCAGUGAAGAGUGAGAUCACUUCCAACAGUGCCUCUCUAGCCAAAGAUUGGGUUAAAUUGUAGCCAAACUUUGCAGUAGGUGCAGAUUUUUUGAGCAGUAAUUGUGCUGCAAUAAGGAAGCAAAUGGAAAUUUUAAAAAUGCUGUAAGAUACAUUAUUUAAAGCUUCACUGCAAGCAGUGCAGUAAUGAAUUCCAUAUUUUAGCUAUGGGUGGUGGGAUGGUAGCACUUACCACCCUGGCAGUUGCUGCUUGGAAUCUUUUAAAGACUUUAAGCAGAAGACUAGCAAUGGUUAUUUUAAAAUAAAGUCAUAGAAUGCCUUGUAUCGGCUGACUUCCUCACUAAAGGAUUGUUGAUGUGAUAUUUAUAUGCUCUUAAGCUGUUUUGAGAUUACAGGAUCUGGCCUUGCUCCAUAUUGUACACCUGCCUGAAAUUGCUUGGCAAAAAGACCAGAAGUGUUACUUGAGUGAUUAAGGUUAACUUGCUUAUGUCCUCAUGCUAACAGUGGACUAAUCUGCCUAGUUGAGAAUACAAUCAUUUGUAUUAUGGGGACUGCAGGAACUAUUCUUAAAUUGUGUAGCUGGUGGGCAAAUCCUAAAAUCCUGUAUGUAAAAUACAGCAAUCAGCUUGCUUGCAUGAUGGUUAUCGCUCUUUUAUUAUUGAUGUUUGGAGAUAAUGCUUCAAAAGUAGUAUCUGAAUCUGGAGUUUUAAGAGUUAAUACUACACAGUGCAAAUAAACUCCCUUUAAGGUUCUUUUUGUAGAAGAUCUGAUGAAUUCGUUAGUUUGCUGUUCAUUUUAUUAAGCCCCAGAAAAAUUUCAAAGCAUUCUGGACUCAUUGGUAAAGUAGUUGCUUUGCUUAUUAUUACGAUGUACCAGGUAAACUGGGAAGGUUGACUUCCCAGGGUCAAAUACCUCAGUGUUAAUGCAGGAUACAUCAACCUGCUUGGCACAAAGUAGGUAAACUUAGCUUGGCUGUACCUUCACAUGAUCCCCAACCACCGGAGUUUUGUGAAUAGCUUUAAUCUUUCCAAUAUCCUUCCAUUCCUUGUGCUAAGCAUUGGCUAAUUCUAAAUUCUCUGCUAAAUUUUCCGUGUGGUUGAAACUUAAGUGUCAGAUUGCAGGGUUUUAGGGCACAUAUGUCUGAUCCCUUUUGAAGUGUACUGUUACCCCUUAAAUGAUGGAAUAGCAAGUUGGGAAGGGCUGAUACAGAUAACACUGGUGUGGAACAUGAAGCUCACUAAAGAGUGAUUCAGCUUGUUUGGUGAAUGCUUUUUGUUUACCCAGAAAAGUUUGGGGGUUGAUAACAUGCUACAACAAUGAAUUGCUCUUGAGGUAAUAUCAAAUUGGCAGUUCCUAAACUGCAGACCAAGUAUUUGGAAGUUACUUGUAUUGGAUAGUUUACAAAUGAGCAGUAUCGAUGCAAUUUGCAUUAUUGAAGCGGUUUUAAACAAUAUCUUUUCUGGAGGGUGUUCAUGGGACACCCUCAAAAGGUGAAGGUGUCUGAGGUGGGAAAUUCUGAACGUGAACAUUAAAUUAAUUUUUUCAGUUUAUUUUUCAGAUUACAUGUCAUUCUUUAUUAAAAGAGAUGCUGGUGCAUAUCCUAAAGUAUGUUCUUUUGUAGUUCUGUAACUUGGAAGAGAAAAGGAUGCUGCUGUCUUUGUACCUUACAGAGCUUUUCUUUGGGUACCCCUGUUUUGUACGUAAGCUACUGUUGCUAGGUAUUAAAAUAGCUGAGCUGCAAAAUCAUUAGUAAAUAUAUUUGAAAGAUUUGGCAGUUUUCAAAACAUCUGAAAGUUUGGUUUAAUCUGGCUUUGUUGUAGCUGCAUAAGCAGAAUUUCUAAAACAAGUUCUGCUUUGAGUUGCAUGUACUAAACAGGCAUAUGAUGAACUAGCCAACUUCUUUUCAAGACCUUUUAAAGAUAGUGUCUUAAAAGCUGGCAAACAUGUCAACUUCAAAAUGUGAUAAAAGUUACUAAAUGUGGGAGGCGAGAAAGUGACAUUCCUUUGAUCUGUUCCUAUGAGGUUUUGGACUUCUUUCAUAAACUCAGAUUUAUAUAAUUAAAUCUUCUAAAAUCAGAAAAGUGCUUUGCUGGUCAGACCUGUUUUUGGAUGGUCUGGAUCACGUAACAUUUUUUUCUACUGGACUUGGAGGACAUUGGCUGUUGCAAUUUAGCUUGUUUUAUCAAAAUUGAGCCCAUUUUGACACUUGGAGCUCUAAAAACUGCAGCAAGUAGAAACGUGUCGUUACACAUAUGUCUUCACACUUUCUCAGAAAUGAAUACAGAAUAAUCUUACCUUCUGGUGUAGAUACAUUACACUAAUAAUUUGUACAGCUGAUGAGAAAUUGAAAAUGCUUUUGAGAUUUUGUGGUAUUUUUGUGGUAGACAAAUUCAUGGCUUCUCCUUGGCAACCAUUUACUGUGGCAGCAAGUUUUUGCUGGAAUUUGAGACUGCAAUUUACACUUUAAACUAGUGGCCUGCUACAUAACUGCACUUAGCCAGCAUUUCUGCAGUUCAUAACUGUGAGGAACGUAGUACCACAAAUGGCAAUGGACAUUAGGACCCGGAUGUAGUAUUCCUGCUUGCUCCAAGAUUCUCAUUGCCGACUGCGUACAGGUGAAGAUGAAAGCUGAGUGACACUGGAGUGCUCAUCCAUGGGAAUUGAGGAGUCGAACAUGAGCACAUCCAGCAUGGUACCCAGUGGUGUGUGGAGGGACCAAGGGAACAGGUGGACAA